AUGGCUGGGUUCUUCUCUCUAGGUCCACAAAACAAGGUGGAACAAGUAGAAAAAGAACACAACAGCAGCGCCAGCAAUAACCUAUUAUUGUUCAGGAACGAAGAGAUCUACAACAAGGGGUUCGAGAUAUGGCCGCACUCCAAUCACCCACACCAGAACUUGAACAACUACCUUGCGUUUGGAGUGGGUCCUAGUCGCAGGAAUUGCUCCAACGUUAACGAGGAAGAGGUGUCUUUCUGUGUGUCUGAUGAAUCCACGAGAUUUGGAUUGAGUGUGAUGAGGUCUGGAGGCACAAGCGGCAUGAACUGUCAAGACUGUGGGAACCAAGCCAAGAAAGACUGUGCUCAUCUCAGAUGCAGAACUUGCUGUAAGAGCCGAGGGUUUCUGUGCCAAACCCACGUCAAGAGCACUUGGGUCCCCGCAGCCAAACGCCGUGAACGACAGCAACAUCUCGCUGCGUUGCAGCACCACCAACAACAACAAUUCCGCGGAGACAAUAAUCCUAAACGACAUAGAGACACUCAACUAGCUUGCGCUCCGCCACCCAUCACUCCCACAGGGUUGGAGCUAGGACAAUUCCCACCGGAAGUGAGCACUUCGGCGGUGUUUCGGUGUGUGAGAGUGAGCGCAGUGGACACUUCAGAUGAACAGUGCGCGUAUCAAACCGCUGUAAACAUCGGAGGGCAUGUUUUCAAGGGAAUUCUCUACGAUCAAGGACCGGAAAGUUCUUACACCAGUGCACCAGGUGAGGGUUCUUCCAGUGGAGCUGAACCACAACAACUUGGUCUCAUAACCGCUGCAACCACAACCACACCCAGUGGGAACCCUUUUGACCCUUCACUUUACCCCGCCCAGCUUAAUGCUUUCAUGGCUGGUACGCAAUUCUUCCAACCCCCAAGAUCCUGA